UCAUGUUUCUCUCACCUCUGGCCAAUUAAUUUUGGGCAUCCACGUGAGAUCUCUGAACCGCAAAGCUGACUGGUCCUCUUUGUUAUCCUCAAUAACAAUUUCGACCUCUUAUGUUCUUUUUCCUUAUUUUGCUCAGUUUAUUGCUUCGCAAUACUGAAGGAUCUUUCUCUUUCAGGUAGAAAUUGGAGUGAAAUUUAGAAAUAUAGUUUAAGUAAUAUGAGGACCAUUUCGAUAACAGAUGGCACAAACAAAAUCGUCCAAAAUUCUCGAGCACAGAACUGAUCCUAAAAGAGAAUUAAAAAAAAUUAAUUGUCUAACAGACUCUCUCGCGUAAGAACCACAGUGCGAUAAAAUGCGCUUCGGAAGGGUGAUAGAUGGAGACGGCAGGGAAAGGGCCUUCUUUCCAACGAUGCCAAAUCAUCCCCACCAAUCCCAAGGCACCACGUAAUGCUGAAGUCCGAAAAGUGCGAAACGUUGUAGCCCCGAAACGGUUCCAAUUGAUAAAAGUGCGGAAAUAUGAGUGCGUUCGGUCAUCGGGUGACAAGAUAAUGUGUGACAGUGCAUCGUUCAGAUCGAUAUGCAGUGCGUGACAAAAUGAGCGAAGAAAUAAGACGCGUAGUGGACCAUGCUUCGGAUGCCAUGGCGCCUGCAGUCUCACAGAACAAAUACGAAAGUACCGACGAUUACGUGAUCAACGAGUACAUGGAACGUCUAGGUACUCGCUUGAACAUUCUAGAAACCGAGCUGAAGUAUGCGUGGCGCGCUCUUGACCUCCUGUCGCAGGAGUACAUCAAGAUGUGGGAAAGGCUCGAGAAACUCGAGGGCCUCCUUUACGAGCAGCAGAGCGUCAUAUCCCAACUCCUCGACCACUAUACUUCUGGCGGUGGUAGUCACAUGGGACCAAUGGCUAGCGGUGCGGUGGCUCUGCUCGAGGGUCGUUUGAGUGAACUGGAGGUGAUCCGGGAAAUCCUGGGCAACGGUACCGUUGAGGAUGGCCUGGAAGAAGGCCUCGAUGUGACAGGUGCCACCACCCAUCCCCAAACCGCUGUCAUACAAGAACUCGACGAGUGUGACGCAGACGAGUUCAACGUCCCCGAUGAGGCCUUCUACAGAAGCCUCAACCAAGCUUACAGGGAAGAUUUAGUUGGCUGUGAUCCUAGCAUUCAAAAUAACCAGUUAGAUCUCAUCUGGGAGGAGAAGGAGGAGGCGGAUGAGAUGGGGGAGAAGACUGAGAUAACUCAGGAUCCCAACAGUUGCGAAGAGGUUUACAGUUCCAUGGACUAUAGGGAAUACAAGGGCAAUUCGCCCUGCGUAAGCGAACAGGAUAUAGCUCAACUAAGUAGGAUAGAUUCUUUAGACCAUGUUGCAAUCGAAAAACUCAACGAAUUAGAUAGACUGAGUAACAAAUUACAACAAGAUUCGGCUAAUAUAAGGCAACUUCAGAGGAAACUGUUGGAGUCUCCUUUGUCAGUGGCUGGCCUACCUAAAGAUAUCGCGGAUUCUAAAGAAAAAGCGGAACAAUUGGACGAUAAGAUAAGGCAGAUGUUCGCGAGUGAGAACUGGAGCUUUUCAAGCGAAGCCAAGAACCACAAUGACCUCAUAUCAAUGGCUAAAUGUGAACUUCCUAACGCCAUUACUAACGUAGGUUACAAUACUAGACCUAGCUCGAGACCGAGCUCUAGACUCUCGGUUUCAGAUAGCGUCAUAGGUACUGAUAACGAGGUAGCAGAAGUUUUUAGCGGUAACAUCAGAACUCCAACUUCCCCUAGGAGAAGAACGAUAGAAAUAAGCACAUGUACCACUCCCUUCACUACCGUUACUGGUAGAUUGGCCUAUAGCAAUGCCGUGCAACACGCUGAAAACGCAGAAGCGGCUGCAGCCAUGCAAAACUCGAAGAACCCCUUCUAUUGCAGCGCUUCAGAGUUGAACUCAAUAAUCGCUGCGACAUACGAAGCGGUUACAAACUCAUCCCCAGUGUACAACGUCAGAUCUGAAAAAGUAAACUCUCCCACACUUUCAAUAUGCAGUAUACGAACCAGGCAGGAUGGUUAUAUUGGUUCGUCGGACAAAAAAGACGAGUCCGUUCGGCCUUCUUCAAGAGCGAGUCCAGCUCACAGCACGACAUCGAGAGACAUAAAUUUGUCGUACAGUCCCAAGUAUGGUGACUCUCAGUCUGCAUCCAGUCAAGUCUUCCUUGGAACUCAUAGCAUAGUUCAGCCUUCGUCAAUUAGUAGUAAGGAUCGUGGUCACCUCAGUCCAAAAGCUCCAAACUCGCCCAGAUCGCCAAAAACAUCUCCGAAGAAACACAAGUCCAACUCUACGAAUAUUGUUGCCGCGAAGUCCGACUCUGGCCUGUCUUCGAUGAGCGGAUGGUCUAGCCUUGAGAAAUCUCCGGGUUCUCCGAAGAAUGGCUCGCUUAGGUCCUAUGUAAACUACGGCGACAGCAGACACUCAAGUUUCGACAUGCAGUAUAGAAACGUAUCCCCCGCUCCUUCUAUAAGAGGACAGUAUUUGGAGUCCAACACUGACUCGGUGAUAGCGCCCGAACUUUUUUCAAACGGUUCCAUCUUACCAGGGGGUCAUCAUCUGUCAGCCUUCACGUCUGUGAAGUCCCCAUGUAGCCUUGAAACGUCUGAGGGUUAUGGAACGUUCGUUCCUGCCCCAGCUCCAGCUUCAGACAUCAACGUCAGUCCCAGGAAGAAACCGAAACACCAACAAGUGUCCGACCCGAACACAUACGGUGAAUACAUGUAUAGAAAUGAUCAACCAGCAAUUUAUUCGGUGGCAGGUAAUCAUUCCCAAACUUACACAUCGGUGUACACCAGCAACAGUGCUGAUUAUAUCAAUCAGACUUUGAAUUAUCCCGAUUUGAUCGAGCCUUAUGAAAACAACGAAUACCAAAACGCCCAAAGUUUACAAGUAUACAAUACUUUAACGAAUACUCAAUACCCCGAUAUUGGUGCAGAAUAUGCGGAAAGCCACAGAAAAUUGGUGAGGGUUCACUCACAACCCAACGAUUCUAAUAGAAUACACAAUAACGGCAGUUACAAACCGGGUAUCUAUCCCACAGCGCUACCAUCUGGCGAUACUACCUACCAUACUUCGCCAGUACGAUAUGGCACAGAGCCACGUGAAUCCAGAACACUAGAAUACAAUGACGGAUCAUGGAGGCACAAUCAAGAGAACAUAGAGUACAGAGAUGGAGAAUACAAUUAUCAAAAUCCCAAUACAAGGGAUUAUUAUGACAGCCCUUACAAAGAUAACAGACAACACAAGGAUUCCCGAAUCCCAGAACAACCCAUAUACGAAAAUCAGUCUCAAAUCGACCAGUAUAAUAAGCAGUGGAACCAAAGACAGGAAAUUCCUUUCCUCGAACUGGACCUGAGGAAUAGAAACGUCCCUGAUUACGUUCAGAACGCUCAAAGCUCUGAAACUGACAAUGUUAUCAUAACGCAGUCUGGAUACAUCUCUAUUUCUUCGGGUAUGACGGACUCUAAAUCGGAAAGGAAAAAGAUCCGACGUAAUAAUACACUGAAAUCAGCCAUGAACUCAGUUUCCCAUUGGUUGCCUGAUCUCCAUCUGCCGAAACGUAACAGAUCGUAUUCCUUGCCUCCUGGUGCGCAUCGUCAGGAACUAGAUAAAACUCGUCGAACUCUCAUGAAGUCCAAUGAUAGUCCGAGGAAGAAGAAGAAGAACGCAAUCGUUUCCACUGUAUCGGGAAUUUUUCAAAAGGCCAAAAAGAGGGCUUAUAAUCGGACUCAGUCUUUGUCCGAUCCAGAACAAACUGAACACGAAUGGAUAAUGAAACGGGCAAAUUCUCUCAUUACAGAUGUUGACGGGGAUAGAAGCGAGGACAGCAGUAGCGCCUUCUCAGAAAACAACUACGAUAGAGAUAGUUUGUUUCAGAAAAUGUCCACCAGCAGACACAGUACCAGAAGAAGUAGCCCCCACGAGCUCCAGAAUCAGUUUCACAAUCAAGGAGAACAGAAAAAUAUCGAAAAUACUGGAGAAGAAAAUCGUACAGAAAUGGGUUUCGGAAAUGUCGAUCAAAAAGAAUCCUCACCACCUCUCCGAACAGAUGAAGAGGCCUCCAACGAGAAUGGAGCAUCUAUAUUCGCGAAAAUAGGUGACAAUAAAAGAAACUCAACAUCGUCAGAAAAGAGCGAAGACGCUGCAGCAGCUGAGCCGAAAAUGAAGAUUCCAGUAUGUAAUCCAUCUAUGGAGUUUGCAGUUUCCAGAGCCCUAGGAAAAUACAGACAAAGACAGUCCUCGACAACGUCAGACGAACAAUAUAGUAACGGUGAUACUUCCCUGCCUGAAGAAGAUUCAAAUAUGCACAAACCAAAAACCCCACUUAAAUACGAUGGUCUCGCCCCACAAAAAUCAUCGGAUAGUCAGUCGAGCGAGUCCAAUAAGCCUCAUGAAAUUGAAAAUAACGUUCCUGAGAGUAGUCCAUCCUCCAUUCCUAUGAAAACUCAACUCAAUAGAUUUUUUCCAAGACAUCAACAAAGCUUAGAGAUUCCAGGUUAUCGUAUGAGCCACGAAGAAGAAGAUAAUAGAAGCACCCACUCCUGGAGAAGCACGUCAAGGGUUUCAUCGCGGAGACAGAGUACCGAAGACAGUAUAGACAGUGAAGAUGAGUGGUACUGUUACGAGUUGAAGAAACUCGAGGAAAUGGAGAGACAGUCACAGCUUGAAGCCGAAAUGGGUCACGCACUCCAAGAAGAGCCUGAGUUAGAAGAUGAAUCAUACGAGCCCUUAGAAGAUGUUAAGGAGAAGAUGUCGUUUGUUCUACGAGAACUACGUAUGAAAGCGAAGGUAGUAGAAGGUGUUUUGGACGAGAAAGAGAAUAACUUACACGUCGUUCAGUCAGCUAAAAGACGUGAAAGCUCUAGAAUGUCGAGUGAGUUUGACUCUUCGAUUUUUGCCAGGGUCAAACCCCAAAGAAUGGGCACUAUGGAUUCCAGAGACGAAUUCGAAGUGAACAUCAAAGAAAUCGAAGACAUGGUCAAGGAGCAGGAUGAAGAGCAUUCAUCUGGAGAUACAUCUGGUCCAGACAGUCCACACCAUAGCACCGAUGAAUACGAAGAGAACGAGGCUGCUUUCAACCAAGCUUUCGCGCGUUGCAUGAGCAUUAGAGAUAAAGAAGACGAAGAAGAAGCGAAACCAGAGGAGAUUCCACCUGCAGAAACAGAUACCGCGACUGUUCCUAAAAUAACAGUUGAAUCUGUUCAGCAAAAAGCAGAAGGCAAAGAAACCGGUCCCCUUGGCAGCAAAUGGAAGUUGCUUAAAGCCCUGAAGGAGAAGAAAGCUGAAGAAAAAGAGAAGAUUGUCGACAGACCCACAGAAACCCCAACAGAAAAAGAUAAAGUGAGUAUGUUGGGGUACAUGCAAAAAUUUUAUGAAAUACAUAAUGGCUCUGGCAUUGGCGGGGAUUCAACAGGAAGAUCAAAUGGGCAUCCUGGGGACAAUCCGUUCUACAGCAAUAUCGACAGCAUGCCGGAUAUCAGACCCAGGAGGAAGUCUAUACCACUCGUAUCGGACUUGGUGCUCAAGACUAUGGCCGCCACCAAGAGAAACGCAGGAUUAACAUCAGCUGUUCCAAGAGCUACUCUGAAUGAUGAGGAAUUGAAAAUGCACGUGUACAAGAAGACUCUCCAGGCCCUGAUCUACCCUAUCAGCAGCACAACGCCGCACAAGUUCCUACCCUGGACCGCCACAUCGCCCACCUAUUGCUACGAGUGCGAGGGGUUGCUGUGGGGCAUAGCCAGACAGGGAGUUAGGUGCACCGAGUGCGGGGUCAAGUGCCACGAGAAGUGCAAGGAUCUCCUCAACGCCGAUUGUCUGCAAAGAGCCGCAGAAAAGAGUACGAAACAUGGCGCCGAAGAUAAGGCCAACAGCAUCAUAACGGCAAUGAAGGACAGGAUGAAAACUCGAGAGCGAGAAAAACCGGAGAUAUUUGAGCUUAUCAGGGAGGUGUUCGGCGUUGAGGAGAAGAGCCAUGCGGGCCACAUGAAGUCCGUGAAACAGUCGGUCUUGGAUGGGACAUCCAAGUGGUCCGCCAAGAUAGUCAUCACAGUCAAGUCUGCACAAGGUCUAAUCGCCAAGGAUAAGAGCGGAACUUCCGAUCCUUAUGUCACAGUGCAGGUCGGAAAAGUGAAAAAACGCACAAGGACUAUGCCUCAGGAACUCAACCCAGUCUGGGACGAGAAGUUUUACUUCGAAUGCCAUAACUCAUCUGAUCGAAUCAAGGUGAGGGUUUGGGACGAGGAUAACGACCUCAAAAGUAAACUUCGGCAGAAGCUCACCAGGGAAUCGGACGAUUUUCUAGGCCAAACAAUCAUUGAGGUACGCACACUGUCGGGCGAGAUGGACGUCUGGUACAACCUGGAGAAGCGAACCGACAAGUCGGCAGUGUCGGGCGCCAUCAGACUGCACAUCUCGGUGGAGAUCAAGGGCGAGGAGAAGGUGGCCCCUUACCACGUACAGUACACCUGUCUGCACGAGAAUCUGUUCCAUCACCUGUGCGAAAUGAACAACGGGAUAGUGAGCCUUCCCCAGGCGAAGGGGGACGACGCUUGGAAGGUAUACUUCGACCAGGCGGCCGAAGAGAUAGUGGACGAGUUCGCCAUGCGAUAUGGCAUCGAGUCGAUUUAUCAGGCCAUGACGCAUUUCCACUGUCUUUCAACGAAAUACCUGUGUCCCGGAGUACCUGCAGUUAUGAGUAUGCUACUAGCCAAUAUCAACGCCUACUACGCCCAUACUACAGGUCUGUCGGCUGUAUCAGCAAGUGACCGUUUUGCUGCUUCGAAUUUUGGCAAAGAAAAAUUCGUCAAAUUACUCGAUCAACUGCACAACUCCCUCAGGAUAGAUCUCUCGAUGUACAGAAACAACUUCCCGGCCUCCAGUCCGGACAAGCUUAUGGACUUGAAAUCCACGGUAGAUCUUCUGACGAGCAUCACCUUCUUCCGUAUGAAAGUACAAGAAUUAUCCAGCCCUCCACGAGCUAGCACUGUAGUCAAGGAUUGUGUCAAAGCAUGCCUUAGAUCGACAUAUCAAUUCUUGUUCGAGAACGCCCACGAGCUGUUCAAUAGGGACUUCAUGGUGGAGCCUAAUGAACCAAAAAGAGAACCAGAGGAUCACGGUCCAAGACUGGACAGUUUGAAAUUCUGGCACAAACUCAUAGCUCUCAUCGUGUCGGUGAUCGAUGAAGAUAGGAAUAGUUACGGCCCUGUUUUGAAUCAGUUUCCUCAAGAGCUCAACAUUGGACAGCUGUCUGCGUCAACCAUGUGGUACUCAUUCGGAUUGGACAUGAAGUACGCGUUGGAGGAGCACGAGCAGCAUCGACUCUGCAAAUCUUCAGACUACAUGAACCUCCACUUCAAAGUCAAGUGGUUGUACUCGAACUACGUGAAAGAUGUACCUCCAUACAGGGGUGCUGUACCCGAGUACCCUGCUUGGUUUGAGCCCUUCGUGAUGCAGUGGUUGAACGAAAAUGACGACGUUUCCUUGGAGUAUUUACAUGGUGCCUUCAAUAGGGAUAAGAUAGAGGGCUUUCAGAAAAGCAGCGAACACUCCCUAUUUUCUAAUUCUGUAGUGGACGUUUUCACCCAACUCACGCAAUGCUUCGACGUGGUCUCUAAGUUAGAAUGUCCCGACCCGGAGAUCAUGAAGAGGUACAUGAAGAGAUUCGCCAAAACAAUCGUCAAGGUCCUCAUAGCCUACGCUGAUAUUGUCAAAAAGGAAUUUCCGGAUCAUCUCAGGGAAGAGAGAAUAGCAUGUAUUCUCAUGAACAACAUCCAGCAAUUGAGGGUUCAACUCGAGAAGAUGUUUGAGUCGAUGGGAGGUGAAAAAUUAGAAAAAGAUGCAGCAGAUAUCUUGAAGGAUCUCCAGAAUACGCUCAACGUUUGCCUGGAUGAGUUGGCUUCCCAAUUUGCAUCAAGUUUGGAACCAAGAAUAACUGCCAGUGUUCGUGAGCUCGGAGAUCUGCUUCUGGCUAUCAAAGGUGGCGGUCAACAAACCAACCUGAACCAACCGAAUGCCCGUAAUACGGUGGCAAACGAAGCUGACGAAGUACUCAGGCCUCUAAUGGACCUUCUGGACGGGUCUCUUUCUCUAUAUGCUCAAUCUUGCGAAAAGACUGUACUCAAAAGACUGCUGAAGGAACUUUGGAAGAUAGUCAUGCGGAUUUUGGAAAAAACCGUGGUGCUACCUCCAAUGACUGACAAGACGAUGAUGUUCAAGAGCAUAACCGACAACGCCAAAAACCUCGCGGCCAACACGAAGAUAGAAGACAUGUCCAGGAUAUUCAAGAACAAGAUGACGGGCAAACAGGACAUGAAGCAAGCGCUGACUGGCGUAAUGGACAUCUCCAAGGAGGUGGAGAAAAAUCUUUCGCCGAAACAGUGCGCGGUCUUGGACGUGGCCCUGGACACCAUCAAGCAGUACUUCCACGCCGGCGGUAACGGACUGAAAAAGGCCUUUUUGGACAAGAGCGCUGAGCUGCAGAGCUUGAGAUACGCGUUGUCUUUGUACACACAAACGACGGACACGUUGAUCAAGACGUUUGUUCAAACUCAGAGCAAUGAAGUGCCGCUUAACACUAACGAAACAAUGCUACAAAGACAAUUCUCGAUAGAGAGGGAAGAGACCGAAGCAGGAAUGGAAGCUUUGGAAGAACCCCUCAAAGCUAAAAAGAGAAGGGAAAUUCGUCAAGAUCUGUCUGGAGAUGGAAAGGAGGGUUGUGUUGGUGAGCUUUCAAUACAAGUUGAAAUUUUCACUCAUCCUGGCACUGGCGAGAAUAAAGUUACUGUAAAGGUUGUUGCUGGCAACGACCUGAAAUGGAAUGCCCCUUCGUUCAAGCCAUUCGUCGAAGUCAAUCUAAUAGGACCCCAUCUAGCAGACAAAAAACGCAAACACGCAACUAAAACAAAAUCCAACAAUUGGUCGCCUACAUAUAAUGAGACGUUCCAUUUUAUGAUUGGCAACGAGGAGUCUUUGGAUUUCUAUGAGCUGCACAUAUGUGUCAAAGAUUAUUAUCUGUUGAGGGAAGAUAGAUUAGUCGGAGUAGCUGUUAUGCAACUGAAGGAUAUUGUGGAUAAGGGUACCCGCGCAUGCUGGCUCUUGUUGGGAAAACGGAUACAAAUGGACGAAACAGGCUGGACCAUCCUCAGGAUCCUCUCCCAGCGCACAAACGACGAAGUAGCCAAGGAAUUCGUCAAACUCAAGUCUGACAUAAGGCAGGAGAAUCCGCCUCCAAAUCAGUGAAUAACCCGCGAUUUCAACUACCGUUAAUAAAUUUUAAAAUUAAGUGACAACUAAUAACUGUGUUCAUGGCUGUACGCAAGCAGUGCAACAACAACAACAAAAAAAUGAUAAAUGUUUGGACCGUCCUCAUUAUUUGACUCGAUAUAAAUAUACAUAUAUACGUUCAUCAAACGAGAUGGGACUGUUUGAUAUAUCACCGUGAUCUUAAUAAUAUUUAAUGUGCCUCCUCAAAUGAGUAUGAACAAUAAUCUAUUAUUGAAACGUUUAUAAUCAUUAACUCUGCAUCUACUGACGAUGUUCUUUCUCUCUCACACAAAAAUGUUCUUGUUGUAUGAAGUUCGCAAUAACCGAAUCAUUGGAAUAAUUUCGAGGGAUGAUUUUGUCGCUUCAUUCGAACUUUUUUCUCCCAAGUUGAACUAGACGGAUUAACACCACUUCACCCAAACUUCGUCGUUCAAAUUUUGUCCUUUCACGAGAAAAAAAAAACGGGAAAUUAGAGACGUAACACAAUGAAGGCGAAGGAAUCAAUCUCUCAUUCUUACAGGUGAAGGAAAAAAUCAAAAUCACAAUUCUUCUGAAGGUAGGUACUGCAAUUCAGAAAAAACUCAUUAGAUACCAUAAUUUCCUGACACGUGGUAU